AUGACAACACAUUGCACAAUUUUGCUUUUAGAUUCAAACUGUUCAUCACGAAUUUUACGAGAAAAAUAUGACCUGGAAAGAAAGGCUCUCAAGGCAAUUCCCUUCUUUUCCGAAAUUGCCCAACUAUUCGAAUUUGAUCCGAUCAUGUAUGGACUGGCAUUGGAGAGGAUGAAGUUGGAUAAUUUAUUCAUCUCUGAGUGUAUGAGAAACAAUGAAGAGAUUAUGCUGAAGGCUAUCCGAUUGGAUUUUUGUAGAAUUUAUGAUGCAAGUAAUGAAUUGAAGAAAAAUCGAGAAUUUGUGAUGAAGGCUUUGAGAGUGAAUGGGAGAGCUUUUGAACUGAUGGUAAACGAGUUGCGAAACGAUCAAGAAUUGGUACGAUUGGCUAUUGAGAAUGGAUGUGGAGAUGCCUUGGAGUUUGCAAAUGAAGAUCUUAGGUCUGAUAGAGAAUUAGUGUUGAAGCUAUCAGAAAUUCGAUGA